AUGGAAGGUAAGCUGAGGAUAAACACAAAGUGUAGAAAAGCAGAAUUUGAGGAUGGCUUAGAACCAGUUAGCCCUCUUACUGAAUACUUGCUUACUGAGAGUUUUACACUCUUUAUUUUAGCUGUUUUUGAACUUGAGAUUUCUGUUGAUUUUUCUUCUGCAUAUUAUUAUCUCAACCAUUUAUUCCUUAAUGCUCAUCCUCGUUUCUCCUCUAUUCCGGUUGAGGAGAAAAAGGGCAAUAAAAUGUGGAAGCAAGUGGAAGUGAAUGUUGAGGAUCAUGUAAAAGUAGCAGUAUUUGGCGAAGAUAAAUCAACAGAAUAUUAUAGUAAUCAGUUUGAUAUAUACAUAUCCCAAUUAGCAAAUUCAAAAAUGUCACUACAAAAACCCUUAUGGGAACUCCACAUAUUUAACUACCCAACAAUAAAUGGAGCAAAAGCAACCAUAAUAUUCAAGUUUCAUCAUGCACUUGCUGAUGGUAUUUCUCUCAUGGGUGUUGUCUUAUCUUGUGUUCAAAGACAUGAUGACCCUUUUAAGCCUCUCAGUUUUCCAACUAAAACUACAACUUUAAGACCCAAAAACAGUCCUGAUGCUUUUAUGAAAGUUCUUAACUUUGUGCCUCAAUUUAUGGCUUCUGUCUUCUAUUCGUUUUAUUAUUUUGGGCAAAGUCUCAGGAUGUUAUACCAUGAAGAUGAUCGGACUCCUGUUAGGCCUAAAAAUAUAAAGUGUGCUCCAUUAUGUGCAUCCAUUCAAACACUCACUUGGUCUCUUACUGAUGUCAAAAGAAUUAAAACUGUUCUUGGUGUGGUAAGACGUGCAAUAACUCAUGCCUUAGCUUGUUUGCUUUUUGGUUGGCUUUCUUAUUUGUUUUAUGCUAUGUUUGGAUAGAACUAAUGUGAGAGAAGUUCAACAACCAUUUAUUCUUUCAUUUAGAUACAAAAACAAAGAAAUGGAAAACAAAGUUUUGGGGGGAUUCAAAGACAUGGUAUGCAUUGCAGAUUCAAUAUUCGUUGGUGCAUAUGAAGCUGAUUGCCCAUUGGUCGAGGUCAUGAAAGCCUAAUGUGGUUA